CGCGGCCGUGUCUCGCAUGCAGUUCCUGGAGCAGAAAUACGGCUACUUCCACUGCAAGGACUGCAAAACCCGCUGGGAGAGCGCCUACGUCUGGUGCAUUUCUGGGAGUAAUAAGGUUUACUUCAAGCAGCUCUGUCGGAAAUGCCAGCAGGGCUUCAAUCCUUACAAAGUGGAAGCCAUCCAGUGCCAGACCUGUUCAAAGACUCAUUGCUCCUGCCCACAGAAGAAAAGACAUAUUGACCUCAAGAGACCCCACCGCCAAGAACUAUGUGGCCGUUGCAAAGGCAAGAGAUUAUCCUGUGACAAUACUUACAGCUUUAAAUACAUUGUCUGAUCCCAUGGCCUGACUCUCUUACCUUGAGCCUUCUUGUAUUUUGCACUCUGCACUUUUUUGUCAGUUUUUGUACUAUGGAUUUGACUUUAGGCUUUUGACCUGGCAUUGGAUAUUGGAUUAAAGACUUUCUUUUUGUUUUAGUACGAUUUAUAACACUAAUUUAUAAUUCUACAGUAUUAAUUAGAAGUCAAUCUCAAUAAAACUUUGCACUUGGUA